AUGACUGAAACGAGCAUUUUCAUCAAGAGUGACCCUGACGACCACCACAGUGACCCAAACCUUUUCAUGAUGUCGCAUGCCGGCUAUUCCAUGCCCAACCAAUUCGGGAACGCCGACGGCGUCGAUCCCUCGGACCUAACCAUGCAGAAUGGUGGAUUCAUGUCUUAUCCGUUUGGCUCGCAGCAGAAUAUGUCCUCCAGUUUCAAUUUCGGCAAUUCCGGGAUCGAUACGGACGAGUUGUUAGAUUUGGAGAUCAAUGGACACAACGGCAUCCAGCGCGCGGACAGUAUGAACUUCCUCCAGGACCAAACCCAUUCAAGUGCCGGGAUUUCUAUGAGCCACCCCGGCCAGAUGUCACAGAUGUAUUCGAAUACCCCGGAUGGGGCUCCCAUGCAUAGCCCCUUUAUGAAUAACAGCUUUAACUAUGACCAAUUUCGGGCGAUGAACCAACAAGGACAGCCCGGUUCCCAUAUGCAGAGUGCUGGGUCCCACUUUGAGCAAAACUAUAUGAAUGGCAAAGUACGACCUGGUCUCCAGACCGUGGAUCGUUCUGCCGAUGGCCGCAGCCCGAUGACCCCAAAGACCCCUGCCCUAGGCGGUCUUACCCUAGGUACUCCCGAAUCAGGCAGCUUCCCUACGCAGCCCAUCCGCACAGGCCUCCAGCACCGUCACCAGAAGACCUUGUCGAACCAAUGGGAUGGUACACCUGGAAGUGUGCAUUCCUUUGCGGAGUCCCCGAUCUCAUCCCCUGGCCAUCCUCACACUGCUGGAAUCUCCGAGAUUCUCAAGUCGGGCAAGCACGCCUCCUUGCCGACCAAGGUUGAUGCGCACAUGCCCGGUUCUGCACAGGACCUGGAAUCGCAAGAAGCCAAGCGUCGACGCCGGAGAGCCUCCCACAACCUGGUUGAGCGUCGCCGGCGCGACAACAUCAACGAGCGUAUCCAGGAUCUCUCCCACCUGGUUCCCCAACACCGGCUGGAAGAUGACAAGGUCCGGAAACAGCUGGUCAAUAACACCUCCAUGUCCGCCACGGGAGCCAACCCGAAUGCUGCCACAUCUCUCUUGGCGGGUGGCAAUGGCCGUCGCGCCACAGGGGGUAACAUCACCAUGGGACUGCCCAUUGAGGAAAAGGAGAAAGGCCCUAAUAAAGGUGACAUCCUGAACGGUGCCGUAGGCUGGAUGAGGGAUUUGAUGUGGGCCCUGCACGUCAAGCACCAGCAGGAGGCAGAGCUAGCAGAGCUGAUCAGUAGCCUCGGCGGAACGUGGCCGUUCGAGCAAACGGAGGAAGAGAAGCGGAUGCGGACGGAGAUCCUAGAUGCGCUGGAGAAGAACGAUCCCAGCUCCUUCAGUUACAGCCGAGCGCCGGGAACCGGCCUACGAGUCCCGAAGCACACGAACAUGGCCGGGGAACCCGUCUCUGGCAUCGGCGCCUUGAGCCCCCAGAGCCUCAGUCCGUCCUUUAAUAGUGGGGCGAGCAGUGCGAACAGUGCUGGUGCAGGUCAGGCGCAGUACUGGAGUAGCUCAGGCCAUGCCGGAAUGAGCUUCAAGGAGGAAGAUGAAUACGCCAUGGAGAUGAACUAA